GUUCUUUUUUUCUGAGGGUAUAAAUAUAUCUCCCAGCUUGUAGUAAGUAACUCUUUCAGCUAAAGUCUAAACUGAGAUACCACAGCGAACUUCAGGAGCAAUGAGCCGUAUAUUCUUGAUGGUGGGGAUCAUCCUCGGUGUGGUCUUCGUCGACUUGUCUAAUGGGCUGUCCUGCCUGCGUUGUGACAAAAGCAAGUGCGUGGAUCCACCAUGCGAGCAAGAGCACCAGAUCAGGGACCUCUGUGGCUGCUGCAACAUUUGUGGUGGAAGAGUCGGAGACUCUUGCUCUGGAAUUCGUCGAUGCGUGAAUGGCAUGUGGUGCAUAGCGAUUACGGGUGAAAAAGCAGAAGCACGAUUGAAUCCGGCCAGUCAUGAACCAUUCAGAGGCGUCUGUGGAAUUCUGGGGACAAGUCAGGAAAUCCUCGAUGCGGCAUCAUAUCUUCCAGAUGAUGUUUGGGACGAAUGGAAAUGAAAUAAAUAACCUCAAACAACA